AUGUUAAAAAAUUAUAGAUUUAAAAAAUAUCUUUAAUCCCCUUCAUUUUAAGUUUUAAUAAGAAUUUUGUUCUUAUAUAUUCAAUAAUAAAAAAUAGUUCGAAGAAUGUAUCUUCAAACUUCUUCAUAUUAGAUACUUUGCAUGAUUGGAUAAGGUUCUUCACAUUAAGUGUUUAAAGUUAAACAUAAUAUCACUUAAAAAGAAUUUGCACUUAAAAUUGAAAAAUGCCCAAAGUAAGGUUAAAUAGAAAGUGAGAUUAAAAUACUUAAAGAAUUAAAUAAAAUAGAAGGAAUCUCAUAGUUAAUAGACUAUGGAACAACUGAUGACAAUAAGUAUGAUUAAUUUAUUAAAUUUAGGGGAUUUCUUAUUAUGCCAUUACUAAAUUGUAGCUUAAGAGAUUUGGUUAAAUGUUAAAAAUUAUCGUUAUCAUGUAUUUUGGCUAUCGGAUUAAGUAUUAUAAAAACAUUAGAAUAAAUACAUAGAAAAAAAAUCUUACAUUUAGAUAUUAAGCCAGAUAAUAUAAUGAUAUAAGAAACAAUAGUAAAGAAUUCAUAGUAAGAAUUAUUAAGUCCUGGGUUCAUCAAACUUAUUGAUUUUGGUCUAUCUCAAUUUAUUGGUAAUUCAAAAUGUUUAUCCAAUGUAUUUUUUGGUUCUUUAAAUUUUGCAAGCAGAGCAUCUCAUAGAGGAGAAUAGCUAAGUUAUAAAGAUGAUUUAGAAAGCUUAUUUUAUGUAUUAAUCUACUUGAGAAAUGGUAUUUAUGAUAAAUAAACUUAGGAAAGUUACCAUGGUCUUAAAGAACUUCCAUGAAAUCUCAAGAUUUUGAUAUUCAAUAAAUUGGAGAAAUUAAGACUUCACUCUUUAACACUAUGACAUUAUCCAAGAAAUUUCCAUUAGAAUUUUUGAAAUUUAUGUCAUACAUAGAUCAACUUAAAUAUGAUGAAAUCCCAAAAUACUCUGAAAUUAAGGACUUAUUUAUCAAAAUGUUAUAAACAACCUCUUUAUCUACAAGAAUGGAUUAAUUCUUGAUUUAUUCUACUUAAAUAUCUUGUAAUUAAUUGGGAAAUUAGCAGAAAAUUCAAAUUUAAGCUGAAAAAUAACAUUUUAAUAACAAUUCUAUUGAUACUUAAAUUUAAGAAGAUGUAAUAGAUGUUGAAGCUCAAGUCUAACAUCUAUAUGAUUUUAUUGGAAAAUAUAUUACUAUUUAAAUAAAAUCAAUAACAGACAUAAGAUAUUGA